GCAAAUGUAGCCACCAAUACUUGUGUCCCUAGCUGUAAGGUAAUAGUUGCCUGAUCCAAUCAGAAUGAGACUCUCUUUACAUAUAAAUACAGCUAGGCUGUGCGAGGUUCCAUUUUAUUAUUUUCCUCUUUUCUCACUGAGUUUAUAAUGGCUCGCACUAAGCAGACAGCGCGCAAGUCCACCGGCGGCAAGGCCCCGCGCAAGCAGCUGGCCACCAAGGCCGCCCGCAAGAGCGCGCCGGCCACCGGCGGCGUGAAGAAGCCGCACCGCUACCGGCCGGGCACCGUGGCGCUGCGCGAGAUCCGGCGCUACCAGAAGUCCACCGAGCUGCUGAUCCGCAAGCUGCCGUUCCAGCGGCUGGUGCGCGAGAUCGCGCAGGACUUCAAGACCGACCUGCGUUUCCAGAGCUCGGCCGUCAUGGCGCUGCAGGAGGCUUCCGAGGCCUACCUGGUGGGGCUGUUCGAGGACACCAAUCUGUGUGCCAUCCACGCCAAGCGGGUCACCAUCAUGCCCAAGGACAUCCAGCUGGCGCGCCGCAUCCGCGGGGAGAGAGCUUAAAGUUUUCUUGAACCACUGUAAAACAACCCAAAGGCUCUUUUCAGAGCCACCUACCUUUGUAAAAGCUAUGUAGCACUACCAUACUACUCAGAUGGCAGGUGGUUCACAGGUAAACAAGUCUCCAUCCUCAACAAAGAUUAAGGGAAUACUUAGGUUCUAUUUUUUGGCCUGGGUGGCACUUCCUAAUUUAGAUGUGCUUCACUUCUCUGGGCUUCAUUACUUUGCUUCUGAGAGGUAUGACUUUUAUUUAUGCUCCUAGUCACUUCCUUAGGCUUUUGGAGGCUAUGGCAUCCUUAGUCCCAGUAAUUCACCCUUUGAGGGGUUCUUUUACUAGGUGUGGUCACGAGCCAGCCUAUUGCCUUCCUGAAGUUGGUGGCUGUGCCAGCAUUCUCUCCCUUGUUCUUAGCUGGAAAUCCUGACAUGAGCUUGAAGGGAAAGGCACAGUGUCCUCUGCCUGUGUCAUUGUUCCUUGGGUAACCACGCUUUUAACCCCACCGUGACAAGGCAUUUUCUUUUCAAGGUUCCCAGUGCUUUGAGUGUGGUUAGAGAGAAGCCAUUGCCUACCUGGGAGGAGGCAUGGGGUGGGGGGCAUUCUCAGGCUUAGAGGUGAUGACCUUGAAUAUAAUGUACAGGAAGGCCUUAUUUUUGGAAGCCUUACACCCCACCAAUGUUUCUCACUUGUAACAUUUCUGCUUAAAA